AUGCCUCUCCUAGUCCCAGACACCACUACCGAGCGUCCGGGCUCAACCACCGAGACGGCACAGAGCAACUCGUCGACGACACAUUCGGAGUCGCAACCGCAGAGAGCGACGGGCGCCGGCGUUGACACCGGCGCAGGGAGCACGCGCGAGAAGACCGAGGCCGAGUUGGAGGCGGAUCGGCUGUACGAGGAGCGCAUUGAGGACGAGUAUGCGAAGCGCGAGGGCGGCGCUUGA